AGGUAGCAGAAAAUGGAGAGCAUUGAAACAGACCAAUUCAACUUUUUUCUUUUUUCCCUUCCUCAAUUCAAAUAUCAUUUCUCACUUGUCACAUUUUUAUUUUUCAACAAAUUAUCACACCAUGAAACUAAUCAUAAAUUUUUCUUCCACUAUUUUCCUUUUGUUUACUACUUCCAUAUCCGCUUACACAUUUUCAGAUCAUAUCUCACCGAAUUUCACUGCUUCGUAUCUUCAAUUCAUCGCUAACACUGGAACAUUUUUGUUGUCUAGAAACAAAACAUUCAAGGCAGCUAUAUUCAAUCCUGGUAAUCAACAAACAAGUUUCUAUCUAUGCAUCAUACAUGCCGCGUCAAACACGGUCAUUUGGUCUGCUAACCACGCGCCCAUCUCAGAUUCCGAUACAGUGAAGCUAACUGUCGAAGGGAUUACAAUUUUUGACAAAAAUGGAAAUUCUAAAUGGUCAACACCACCACUUAAAUCACAAGUACAAAAACUUUCACUCACUGAGAUGGGAAACCUUGUGUUACUUGAUCAAUCCAAUGGUUCUCUUUGGGAGAGUUUUCAACAUCCAACCGAUACAAUCGUUAUUGGACAACGAUUAUCGGUUGGAGCAUCAUUGUCGAGUGCUUCAUCGAAUUCAAAUUUGUCAACAGGAAAUUACAAGCUGACAAUAACUUCUUCUGAUGCAAUACUUCAAUGGCAUGGACAAACAUAUUGGAAAAUUUCUAUGGAUUCAAAAGCUUACAAGAAUUCAAAUGAUGAUGUUGAAUACAUGGCAGUAAACACAACAGGUUUUUAUCUCUUUGGACAUAAUGAACAAGUUCAUGUAUAUCAAGUUGGUUUAUCAGUAGCCAAUUUUCGUGUCGCGAAAUUGGCUUCCGAUGGCCAAUUUACUAUUAGUAGCUUUUCAGGAACAAAUUUGAAACAGGAAUUUGUUGGACCAGAUGAUGGUUGUCAAAUUCCAUUAGCUUGUGGAAGAAUAGGUUUAUGUAAUGAUAAUAGUUUAUCAUCAUCAUCAUCAUCAACUUCUUCUUCUUCACCGGUUUGUUCUUGUCCUUCAAAUUUCCAUGUUGCAUCGGGUAAUCUCCAUGGUUGUGUUCCGAACGAUGUGUCUCGUACUUUGCCAUUAGCUUGUAGUUCUUUAACAAAUAAUAAUCAUAGUCAGUCAAAUUCUUCAGUUGUUUCAUUUUUAAAUAUAGGCUAUGGUGUGAAGUACUUUGGAAAUAUUUAUUCUGAUCCAAUUAUGUUUGGAGUGAGUUUAUCUGAUUGUCAAGGUCAUUGUUCAAGUAACUGUUCUUGUUUGGGAAUUUUGUAUAGAAAUUCUUCUGGAUCAUGCUACAUGAUUGAAAAUGAGUUAGGAUCCAUUAGUAAUGGAGGUGAAGGUGACAUGUUAGGCUUGAUUAAAGUUAAUAUUGGCCAUGAUAUUGAUAAUGAACAAAAUUCUCAAAAAGAUGGAUUUCCUGUUAUUGCUGCAGUGCUAUUACCAAUUGUUGGGAUCAUUUUUUUAUUGGCUCUUGUUUUUUUUCUUAUGUGGAGAAAAUUUACAAAGUCGAAAAAACAAGAGGUGAAAUUAGGGAAACAAAUCUCAAUCUCACAACAUUCUUCAGGGGACUUGGAUCAAGAUGCCUUUUACAUCCCUGGUUUACCGACGAGGUUUGAUUACGAAGAACUUGAGGUAGCUACUGAUAAUUUCAAGACUCUGAUAGGAUCUGGUGCAUUCGGCGUAGUGUACAAAGGUGUACUACCUGAUAAGACUAUUGUGGCAGUUAAGAAAAUAAUCAACAUUGGAAUUCAAGGGAGGAAAGAUUUCUUCGCCGAGAUUGCUGUUAUUGGAAACAUUCAUCAUGUUAAUUUAGUUAGACUCAAAGGCUUUUGUGCUCAAAGGGGACACCGAAUGUUGGUGUACGAGUACAUGAACCGCGGCUCACUCGACCGGAACCUCUUCGGUGGACAUCCGGUUUUGGAAUGGCAAGAGAGGUGUGAUGUGGCCCUUGGAACAGCGCGCGGACUCGCUUAUCUUCACAGUGGAUGUGAGCAAAAGAUAAUUCACUGUGAUAUCAAACCAGAGAAUAUUCUUCUGCAUGAUCAAUUUCAAGCUAAGAUAUCUGAUUUUGGACUUUCGAAACUCCUUAGUCCAGAACAAUCUGGUUUGUUCACAACAAUGAGAGGAACUCGUGGUUAUCUUGCUCCGGAAUGGCUUACAAAUUCAGCAAUUUCUGAGAAAACUGAUGUAUAUAGUUUUGGAAUGGUGCUUCUUGAAUUGGUAAGUGGUAGAAAAAAUUGUUCUUUCAAGUCAAGAAGUCAUAGCAUAGAUGAUGAUCAUAACAACAGCAGUGGUAAUAAUGGAAAUUCAUCAAACUCAUCAACAACAGGACUUGUUUAUUUUCCACUAUAUGCAUUAGAGAUGCAUGAACAAAAGAGUUACAUGGAUUUGGCUGAUCCAAGGUUAGAAGGACGUGUUACAAUCGAUGAAGUGGAGAAACUCGUUCGUAUUGCAUUGUGUUGUGUUCAUGAAGAUCCAUCACUUAGGCCUAACAUGGUUACUGUUGUUGGAAUGUUAGAAGGUGGGACUCCAUUGCCACAACCUAGGAUGGAAUCUUUGAAUUUCUUGAGGUUCUAUGGUCGUAGGUUUUCUGAGGCUUCUGUUAUAGCAGAAGAGAAUGAACAUGGUUCUGUGAGGAUUCAACAACCGCGUGAUUCAACACGUUUCGUUAGUCGAUUUUCUUACAUAUCUUCACAACAAAUCUCAGGACCAAGAUAGUGAAUUCUGUUAAUUAAUUGUGCUUUCUUUCUUCUAAUGUUAAUUUUGUGUUCAUAUGUAUAAAGGAUGGCAUCUCUAUGUAAUUUGAAGUAAAAUGAAAUGUAUGAUUUAUAAAUCUUCAUAUAUAAAUACUAUGCUGAAUUUA